AUGGUCGAAGUCCCCUUAUCAGAAGCCGUUGCCUCGUACAGACCAAAGCUGUCUGUUGCAUCGCUGGGAGCUAUAGAGAGGAAAGAUGGUUCAUACCGUGCGGCCCACGAUGGAACACACGGUGUCAACGUCAACGUCAAUGCCAAAAUCAAGCUGCGCGACCAGUUACGCAACCCGACGGCCGGCGACCUGUGUACUGUCCUCAAGUACAUGCCGCGUGCCGCGUUCGGAUUGACGAGCGAUAUCAAGCGGGCGCAUCGUCUCGCCAAAGGUAGCCGAACAAGGCUGGGGCCACCAGUCUUGUCGCUCCGGCUGGAUCUGGCUGAACAAGGUUGGGACGUUUGGAAUUGCAGUGCAGCGUAUCAUUGGAGCAGAUUGAUGGGCGGCCUGGGCCGGCAGAAAGGUGGGGUCACAAAGAUCAUCCUUGCCGUCUUCAUCUAUGUGCUUCUGGGUGUGCCAUUUGCUUGGAAGAAGUUCGUAGGAGGAUCUGAGUUCACCUGGGUUGGCUUUUCCUUGAACCUCCGCAUUGGUGCAUUGGGCUUGUCUGAGUCACGAGCUGCAUGGGCCAUUAACUGGUUGGAGUCUACAGCAAUGCAAGGCUUGGUGCGUGUGGCGGACAUGCGAGCCGCUCUGGGUAGGUUGUCUUUUGCGUUGUCUGCGCUUGGGCACUCACGGCCUUUUCUGGGGCCCAUGUAUGCAUGGGUCGCAGUGUUGCACAACUGCCGCCGGUACCAGGUGCCCAAAGCGAUCGUUCUGAUCAUGCAGUACUUAGCCAAAGCUCUGAAAGGGCUUGGAAGGCUGACACCUGUCGGAACACCAGUGGCUUGCGAGAAGGAGCUCUUCCGGACCGAUGCCAAGGCAGAAGUAUGCCGUUGA